AUGGCCUCGGUCAAUUCUUUAGGUCUACAUCAACCUACAGGGCUUCAAUAUGCUAUUAAAGAAGGCUACUUGACUGCGGAUGCUGCUAGUAGUUCAUACAAUUGGUACAAUGUUUGCGAUGACGAUACAAGCUCAGAGGUCGACGAUGAAUUGCUAGUCACACUGAGAUGUGUAAUUUGGUCGCGAGGAGGGGUUUUUCGAAAAAGCUACAAUUUCGACCUUGAGAAAGAACCAAUUACACAGGCAUUAUUGACCUCGUUUCCCAGUGUUGGGCCAUUGCCAUCCAAGAAUGGAGCACCGAACAAGCAACACACGGGUCCGAAUACUAAAGAAAAGGCAAUUGUGGUAUUCUUAAAGACGCAGGCGCAUAUUUACUUUCUCUCUGGAACCAGCCAUGUCAUACAUUUGCCGUUCGAAGUCGAGUCUGCCACUGCAGCACCUAUUGGCCUCAUUAUACAACGAAAACUACGCGCGGAAAUUAACGUUGCAGCCUCUAUCAAGUUUCCACGAGUACCACCCAACUCAUUUGUCUCAUCCCAGCCUCAACUUUGGUCUGCGGCAAGCUCAAUUCAGUCAACCUUCUCUACCGCAGAUCUCGGGGCUCCUAUGCAGAUGCCAACUCAAAUCUCUACCUUGAAGGAUCUGUGGGAACCUCCUCCUGCUCAAAGUGAUGCGAACUGGCCACGAUUAUUUUCCUUGUCGGAUCCAUUAUCAGAAAUGGGUUUAGUGGUGGCUCAGCCAGGCUUGUCUGAUGGACGAGGAAAACGAAGAAGCUCCGGAAAAAUAUCGACAUUGGACCCUUCGGAGGAGAUUCUUCAUGUAUCCCGACCGAACGAAUUCUCUGCCAAGGACUCAGAAAAUCCUCUUGUAUUAGCCAUCACCUUGAACCGAGAAACUAGCAUGUACACAGUGUGGAGGUUAGCUUAUAUCGGGCAAGACACAAUAUCAAACGGGAAAUCUCGGGUUCCGAGUGGUGCAGCGUCGCGUCGGCGAAGUUCAUUCAUGCCGAGUGGAACAGGAGCCACGACGCCCGUGGGAAAUAGUCAGCAGACGUUCCGGGAAAGUUUUGGUGGAGUUGUUUCUGGUUUCAAGAAGCCCACAUGGUCAGAGGAUGUGAAAAAAGAUAAGAAAAUUGAUUUUGUAUCUACUCUUGAUCCAGACUACGAAAGUGGUAUUAUUCCUAGAAGAAGUUCUCGGCGUGUGAGCUCAAUGUUAGCAAGAGCAGAUUUAUCUGCUUCACACGAACGAAAUGCUUUCUCUGAGCUAGCGACUGGUCAUCAGCACAACACAGGUCGAGUUCGUGAUUCCUUAGGAAGCCAGCACACCCGAGCGAGCAUUGGAUUGAAUGGACAGACUUUCUCUCAAGGCAGUCAGCUGAAUCAUAGCAUUAAUAGCCACCUUGAAGCACCUGUUGAUGAACUUUUGGAUCAACUCCGCGCCGGGGGUGAUUUUGGUGGCUUCAAUGAUAUGGGUCUUGAUGACGAGGAAUUCGACGCUCUUCGGCAAGAAAUUAUCCUUGCCAAAGUGUGUAGUGUCUCAGCCGAACAUAGUAAUGUUAGGUAUUCAAGCCAACAUAUUCCGGCAAAGAACCAGUGUAAAAUCUUUAUACUACCUGCACCAUCAUCUGCGGCGGAUGAUCUACAAGGCAACUCGAUAGUCAUAUGCAUUUUGGAUUCCGAUGAGAAAAAGCUUCUUGUAAUGACUCUCAACACUAAGGUACAUAGAAAGGCCCAGUUCAACAACAAUGAGGUGUCCCCAAAUUCAGAGAAGGAAAUGACCCUGGUCAACUUGAAAGAAGUGAUGAGAGCGCCCGGUGUGAUCGAUGCUUGCAAAUUCGACGACGGCAAUAUAUCUCGUAUUUUAGUUUUGACUGAAACAGACGAUGGCUUUGGAGAACUGAGCUUACAAGCCCCAUGGAGCAUUCUUAUGAAGGUAACUCUGCCUGCAAGUUUUGUCAUACAUAACACUCGGAACUUAAGCCACAACCAAGACCCUAGUAAGAAGAGGGAGGGGAGUUUCAAGAGAGUACUAAAUCAAGGACCUCGUGCCCUAAAAGGUCUGCGUAACCCGCAGCCUCGUGGGCUUGUUGACUUGGUGGAUGAUGAAGGCAAAAUGCAUCAGUUGCAAAUUCUCAUGCAGCCUCGCAGUCCUUAUGUGGCUAAAAUUCUUGAAGUAUGUACAAAGGUUUUACCGGGUGCAAGUGGAGGCGAAGGAAUGCUUGUUGCAUGGUGGAAUUCUAUGAGAUGGCUUCAACUCGAAUCUAUUGAUACUCCAGAUUCGGAGUGGACAUCUCUACUUAUUGUUCUAUUUUCGAUGGUCUUCAGUUUCGGUGCUGCCAAACAAACUCAAAAGAAGGCCCAUGCUACAAGGAAACCACGCACAGCAUUUUUAAGGUCCAGCAGUGGCAGACAGGUAGACAUAACCUGCUAUGAGACCAUGCUCAGUCAUUUGGCUCCAUAUGGAAACCCUAUACCGCCUUGGCUUAACAACAGCGCAUGGAAAUGGCUAGUCAACGAACAGGAAGAUUCUGGGCCCUUUUCUUCUGCGACGGACAGUUUUUUGUCAAAAAGCAAUGAUAAAGAAACGUUUAUAAAAAGGCAUGCGAAUCUUGCACGAACGUUUUUAUAUUCGAAAUUAGGCCAAGAAGCUGUCACAGGGUAUUUGCCGUCGGCAACCAAUAAGUCUCUUGAGAUUCGUCAAGCUGCUUUAAUUGAAAUUCUUGCAGCUUUACAUUUAUUGCGCGAGGAAAGGAAACUUAACACAAUGACAGCCGAAUCGCUUAGUACUGGUGUGCCUGAUUUGACACCAAUCCUAGCUCAAAUAUCCCGAUGGCUUAAGUGGGACAGCUGGAUAGAUUUUUAUGAAACGGAGGAAGCUUCAUUGGUAGAUGCAGUUUACGAUAAUGAUUUUGUUCUCGCCUCUAAGAUUGCUGAACCAUUCGAAUGUCCAUCAAUUUACACAUGGAUUCAAAAUUGUUUACUCGCUCGAAGGUUGAUGCCGUUCUUGACACUUCAAGAUCUGGUCACGAUUAGAUCAGCUAUUCCUACCCGGGGUAUUCGAGACCUUGAGCGAUGGCGUAGCUCAACACCAAGAACUCUACAACUUGCCCAAUUCUUUUCGUGCAUGCAAGAUGGCUGGUCUUCUGUACAAGUUGUGGAAGCCCUAUCUGCCGCUGGGGUAGACAACCUCUUCCUUGAGACUUUGCCAGAGGCUAUACUUGCCCCGCUUCAAGAAGCAAUCGUUGAGUGUCAAAGGGAACCACCAACAACGUGGAAUAAGGAGCUCCUUGCACUGGUGGGCCGUGAAGAUGUCAGUAUGCUACUCACGUCUGGCCGCUCAUCGAGGAAUUUCCAGCCAUCUUUAUUACCACCAUCACAUGAAUCAAAUCUGGACGUCCAUGCUAUCUGCGCAUCUACGACAGAAAUUGAGGCCACUGGAGCUUUUGAUGGCUCCGCUGAAGUAGAUCGUCAAGCUAUAACACGAGCAAUAUUCAAGGACGACAGAAGAUUUAAUGAAGCAUCCAACAUCCUGAAUACUUUCAGAUCUACAAUUGCUCGUGUCAAAUCGGCACCCAACUGGACGGAAUCAGAAUUGUUAGAAGCACAAAAGGAGCAUGCUCAAAUGUUGGCUUAUCGCACUUUGGCCAUUCCUUCUGGUAAAGGACUAUUAUAUUAUAGUGCCCGUAUACCCCUCCUAACCCAAAGAUUUGCUAUUGGAGGGUUCAAUUUAAGUUGUGUUAUGAAGCCGAAUAACAAUACCAUUGGUGUAGACAAGAAUGCAUUCACCGAGGAAAAGGUGUGUUGGGCGUUCUUUCAUGCAGGUGUGUCUGCCGGUCUUAGCAUUUCUCGUGAUGCAAAAGGAAUUGAUACGUCAUGGAUUCUUUACAACAAACCACAACAGGAUUUGAGUAAUCGUCAUGCCGGUUUCUUACUCGCCCUCGGUCUCAAUGGCCAUCUUAAAUCCGUAGCGAAAUGGGUCGCAUUCAGAUACUUGACCCCAAAGCAUACAAUGACUUCAAUUGGACUACUUCUAGGAUUGGCUGCAUCUUAUAUAGGAACAAUGGACUCAUUAAUUACUCGACUAUUAUCAGUCCAUGUAACACGAAUGCUCCCGCCCGGAGCAGCCGAGUUGAACCUUUCUCCGCUUACCCAAACCACUGGUAUUAUGGGUAUUGGUUUGUUAUAUUGCAACACUCAACAUCGUCGAAUGAGUGAGAUUAUGGUAUCUGAAAUGGAGCAUAUUGACCAAGAAGUUGAUGAAGAGCCUCUUAGGAAUGAAGGCUACCGGCUAGCAGCAGGCUUUGCCCUCGGAUUUAUUAAUCUCGGCAAAGGCUCUGAUCUGAAAGGUCUUCACGAUAUGCGGCUCACAGAGAGACUGAUUGCGUUGGCUGCGGGGAGCAAGAAAGUUGACCUUGUUCACAUCUUGGACAAGUCCACUGCUGCAGCAAUCAUUUCCGUUGCUCUCAUAUAUAUGAAAUCAGAGAAUCAGGUCUUGGCACGCAAGGUAGAUGUGCCAGAUUCCGUUCUUCAAUUUGAUUAUGUUCGGCCAGACGCUUUUCUACUUCGAACGCUUGCUCGGCACUUGAUCAUGUGGAGUAAGAUAGAGCCUUCGCAUAAAUGGAUUAAGAAGAGUCUACCUUCUCCCUAUAAGAGUCGAAGUUCGUUACAACAGAUCAAAACUUUAACAUCUGCAGAUCUUCCCUUUUACGAUAUACUAACUGGACUCUGUUUCAGCAUUGCUUUGAGAUUCGCCGGUUCCGCAAAUCUGACCGCCAGAGACAUACUCCUACAUUAUUUAGAUGAAUUCAGACGAAUUUGUCAAAUCGAAGCAGACUCUUUUGAUAAAAAGUUGACGAGGAACACUGUUCGGAAUUGUCAAGAUUUAUUGGCACUUGGCGUAGCUACUGUCAUGGCAGGCACAGGAGACAUUCCCGUUUUUCGUAGACUUCGUUCAAUGCAUGGUCGUGAUGACAGCGAGACACCUUAUGGUAGUCAUCUCGCCGCUCAUUUAGCCAUUGGAGCUUUAUUCUUAGGUGGUGGGACGUUCACUUUCGGAACUUCAGAUAAAGCAAUUGCUGCACUGCUUGUGGCAUUCUACCCGAUAUUUCCAUCGACUGUUCAAGAUAAUAAGUCUCACUUACAAGCCUUCCGUCACUUUUGGGUUUUAGCAGCGGAACCUAGAUGUCUCAUUACAAGAGAUAUUGAUACCGAUCAACCUGUUCCAAUACCUCUUCAAAUUACACUUCGUAAUGGAGAGGAGGAAGAACGUCAUACACCUUGUCUUAUUCCCGAAAUUAAUCAAAUUAAAACAGUUCGAACGUGCAGCCCUGAAUUUUGGAAUGUCGUUCUAGAUUUGGAGAGCAAUAAAGCACACGUUGAAGCAUUCAAAUCAACACAAACAUUAUACGUUCGUAAACGCCCAGCUCACGAUGCAAGCACCAAUGCAUUCAAAGCAACUCUUCAAGCCUUAGACGAAGCCGACCAGACAGUCAAUCAAUCUCUUCAAUGGCUAUUUGAACUCCCUGCUUUCUCAACUCUCACUAAAGCGGAAAGAGCAUUGGUACUACCGCCCGAUCAUGGUGGACCAAGGGAUAUUCAUGCAGGCACGGAACAAACAUCAGUUGAUUCCAGGUUAGUUCUCGAACAUGCGACGCUGGAUAGUGGGAAUAAGGAUAGAUUAUUGGGAUUAAGGUUAUUGUUUGAGUGGGCUGAUAAGGCAAUGGAGGAGGGAAGAGAAAUGAGAUGGAUUAGAAAAGAAGUGGUGCAGAGACUAAGGGCGAGAGUAUGGGUUGAUGAGAUGGGGUAG